AUGCCGCAAGCGCAAGAUGCUGUGCCGAAGAAACGUGGGCCCAAGACAGAUGUUUUGGAGGCCCUUCUCAAAAGGGUAGAUGGGCUCGAGGCGAAAUUGAAAAGCAAAAAGGAGCAGCCUGGCCCACAAAGUUCAGAACUUGCCGCUUCUGCUACGGAAGAGGCAUCGUCGUCGGUGGUAGCAGAAUCGGCUGCAACAGCAAACCAGAUGAGCUCAGCAGAUGAUGAAACCAAGCCUCAGACAGUCAUUGAUACAGCACGGGCAGUAGAUCUGACAGAAUCCGCUGUGUAUACCCCUACCUCGAGCAGUGCUCCUUCGCCCCCAGGUAUUCAACCUGAUGCCCUUCUCGAUACCUACUUCUCCAGAUUCCACGCCAAACCGUUUUAUAUUCUCGAUGAAUCUUCCGUUCGGCAGAGGCUGCAGCUGAACCAGCUUCCACCAUACCUGGUACACGCCAUAUACGCCGUGGCAGCCAGGUAUACACCUCAUCCGAGUGGAUACCAGUCCGCGGUGAAGCUGAGCGAGGAGUAUGCUACACGCGCGAGACAGGAAAUCGAUCUUGAUGAACCGUCCAUCGAUGCAUUGCAGGCUUGUCUUCUGUUGGUCACGGCCUUCACCGCCACAGGCAAGGGCAAGAAGGCAUAUAUGCUCCUGACCAAUGCUGUCGGAAUGGCCAUGGCCCAAGAGUUACAUCGAGAAAUGGACCCACGCGCCGGCGUUACGCCAGUUGAACGCGAAACACGAAGGAGACUUUUCUGGACCUGUUACUUGCUGGACCGUUUCAUGGCUUGCGGUUCGAAGAGGCCAUGUCUGGCUGGCGACAAAACGAUCUUACUACGACUACCAUGCUGGUCGCCGAAUCCAGCGGCGCUACCGAUUGAGGGAGAGUUCUUUCAAAGCGCAUCCAAUGUUCAGUAUCUCCAGGGCACUGGAAAGAAGUCGCAGGGGAGUAGUGGGAUGCUGAUUGACAUCAGCCGAAUCCUCGGUAUCACAAACCGGUACCUUGCAGCAGGGGGUGUCAAAGGCGACUCCCAUUUUCCGUGGCACUCGCUCUCGAACCUGUCGAAAAUUCGACAAGACUUGGACGUAUGGGCUUCCGGCACUGAGGACGUCUUCUCGAGCCUCGACACACUUUUUGGGCAGAACGACUCGACAGUCCUCGUACUCAGCAAGCUCAUCUACCACCUGAUACACUGCCUCAUUUACCGGCCUUUCCUCCCGAUCGAUCUUGCAGAGCUGGCGGGUAACGGCCAGCACCAAUCGUGGCAGAUCGAGGCUACCAAUAUGUGUUUCCUGCACGCAAAUGCAAUUGCUGAGCUGGUGGAACUUGGGAAGCAGACAGCAACCAUCGAGUGGCCUGCAUUUGUGGGCUAUUGUAUUUGCACGGCAGGAACAGUUCACAUCCAUGGCGCACAUUACAGCAAGCUUGGGCCUGGUGGAGAGAUGAGCGUCUUCAACUCUUCCGCUGAAUUCCUCUCCAGAGAGAUGCAACAACUCAGCGAGUUGCGAUAUGCUUGGGCUAGCGUGCAGCACCAACGCGAAACACUUCAGAGCAUCUUCAACGCCCACACCGAGCUGGUCAAGAGCUUCGCGAACAUGCGAUAUGCGCCAGCCUUUCAACUUGAAGAUUUCUUCGAUCGGUACUCUAAUAUAGGCGGGCCAGGCGGCCAGACCUUUAGUUUUGACGCCGCCAAUCUCAGCCUGUCUGACGUCGUGGUGGACUUCACCGCCGACGCCUAUACUGGGCACGAUUUGUAUGCACCGCGGGACCAGGGCUCCGAACGACCUAACCUCAAACGCAAGCCCACCUUGCAAGGAGGCCGACGAAGAGCGGACUCGAAGUCGCUGGCGCCCUUGGCCAGCAAUGUAAACAUGAACACGCACAUACACACAGGCUUACCGACUCCAUCACAUCCACGACAUCCCGCUUUUCCGACACACGGCUUGCCAGUCCACCCGCCACAUCCCUCACCAGCAAUGCUCCAUAGCCCUGCAUCGAUUGCGUCCCAUACGGGGAUCCCAGAACAUGGACAUAUGAAUGGUAUGCAGGACUCCGACGAGAUUGCGAACAAUGCCGCCAUGGCGGCUGCUGCUGCUGCUGGUUUCUCCAUCCCUCAGCAUCCUCAACAUCCUCCACCUCCGCAAGCCCAAGCCCAAGCCAACCCUUUCAGCCCCCCUUAUGCGAGUUUUGGUCACAUGCCUAGUUCGACCCCCGGCCCCGCCUCCCCACCGAACAAUCAAAACAACACGAGCGGCACAUCAUAUGACCCUAUGUUCGGUGGUUUGCCUACUAACGCUUUCUCAAGUCCCGCCGCAUGGAAUGGCAAUGAGGGAACUCCCAGACCAGCAGGGGUUCAGCUGGCACCUAGUCCAGGUGGAAUGAGCAACAACGGCAGCACCGGCACAGGGCCCGGCGAGGAGAAGGACCCGUUCCUUAGCCUACUGGAGCAGCUUGCCGAGAACGAGAACGCACGCGGGCCGGGAACCGAGUUCGACUUUUUCUUCGCAGGCACAGCUCCUCAAUGA